AACCACAGUCACUCCAUCCCCAUUUCCACAUCAACUAGCUAGAAGCACUUUUUUUUCUUCCCUCUCUCUCUACCACCAACUUCGAACUUUCUCCAGAUUUUCUCUUUGAAAAAUGGGUGGGAAUGGAAACUCUCCUUGUGCUUCCUGCAAGUUGCUCCGGCGUCGUUGUGCCAAGGAGUGCAUCUUUGCUCCUUACUUCCCUUCCGACGACCCCCAUAAAUUCGCGUUGGUUCACAAGGUCUUUGGUGCUAGCAAUGUUAGCAAAAUGUUGCAGGAACUUCCAAUCCAGCAGAGAGGAGAUGCAGUGAACAGUCUAGUAUACGAGGCAAAUGCAAGAGUGAGAGACCCGGUCUACGGUUGCGUGGGGGCAAUUUCUUAUUUGCAAAGCCAGGUUUCUCAGCUACAAAUGCAGCUGGCUGUGGCCCAGGCAGAGAUCCUCCUCUGCAUCCAGAUGCAGCAAGACCCUGCAAUACCACCAGCCCCACAACUAGUUGACUCGGAUGACAAAUCUUUUUUCCUCCAAAACAAUGCCCCCCAGUAUCUCCAUUUUGCCCCUUCUAGCUAUGUAAUUCAGGACUACUCACUUAAGAAGGAACCUCUCUUUGGACAAGACAUUGUUUCUUCUUAAUGGAAAAAAUAAAAAAAUUUGUUUCACUUCAUCCUUU